CGCAAGAAUGCCAUCUCUCAAACUCAUAGUUCUAUUGCUUCUGGCCUUCUACUCAACGGAUGGAUAUGCCACGAGCUUGUCACGACCACCUGGUACCCCUAAAUAUUUGUACCAAGCUCGUUCACUAAUUGUUUGCCAAGCAAAAUGCAAGAACCAGUGCAACUCGGCUAAUUUGAUGGCGCGGCUCCGAUGCAAUCAAUGCAUGCAAGGAUGCAUUCGAAAGGAAAAUAUGGUUUAUGAAGAUGGCCCUGAAGAUCGCGGACUGAUUCGUGCAGUUGCGGUUUGCUGCGCGCGCUUGGCUACUUUCUCAACAGUCUCCAUCAAGCUCUACUUCGACUUCUCUGACAAUGAGAUUCUAAAAGAGGCAUUUGCCGUUCUGGAGUACCGAAGGUUAUCGGAUCUCGACGACUUGUAUUCUCCGCCAUGGACCAUCACCCAAAUUGUGCGAGACCGAGCAGUCACAAUAACUGAUUUGGAAUGCGGGUUCACUUAUCAAUUUCGUCUCACCCUUAUCGCUACAAGAAUUCUUAAUCGACGUACGAGUUUAUGGAUUUCUAACAGACAUCUCUGUCGAUAUGGAGCGGUACAUCUAUCUGAGUGA